UUGUCAGUUACUGCUCAACCUGCAUUAGGGAACCAUGAGGGUUAAGGUUUUAGCACUUGUAUUUUUGAUCGGUGCAUCAUGGGCCAAACCAAGCCCGGACUUUGGAACAGAACAUGAUCAUGAUCACGAUCAUGAUCAUAAUGAACAGUCCAGCGCUGACGAGUCUACUCCUGCAGUUCCUGAGAAACAGUGCGAGCUUGUUCGUUCCUCCCAGGCCACUUCUCCUGAAUGCUUCCUGGAACCUGAAUGCAACAAUGUUUGUCAACAAGAUACAAAACAGGUGUGCACUCCGUACCAGGAUCAAGUAUGCCGGAAUGAAACCUUCACGAAGUGUGAUAUCGUGAAUGAGCAGAAGUGUGAGACUGAGUAUGAAACCCAGUAUGAUACUCAGUGUACUACCACCAAUGAGCAGCAAUGCAAUACAGUUUUGAAGAACCAAUGUUCAACUGUGAACGAACAGAAGUGUAGCACCAGGUAUGAAACUAAAACUGAGCAGAAGUGUACAACUGUCUCGGAGAAGCAGUGUCAGACCGUAUCCCAACCUGACUGCAGAACCAUACCAGACACACAGUGCACCGUAGAGAACGUCAAGAAGAUCCAGCAGAAGUGUGCCACCGUGAACAAGCAGCAGUGCGUGAACGUUAACGAGGUUGUGUACGACACCCAGGUUCAGGAGGUGGUUGAGGAGCAGUGCCGUCAGGUUCCAGAUAAAGAAUGUGUUGUUCAGACCGUAAAUAAACCCCAGUCUGUAAACUCUACGGAGUGCAAGGAUGCAGUAGAGACCAAGUGCACGACUGUAAACGAGAUUGUCAACGAGCAGGUCUGCAACACUGUCUCAGAGAAGGUUUGCAGGAAGGUUCCACAGAAAAGCGUUCAGACUGUUCAGGAUACCAAAUGUGAGACCGUAUACGAGGAUGCCUGCACUACUGUAACCAAGGAAGAAUGUCAGACUGUGUAUGAAACUAAAUGUGAGACUCAAUACCUCGCUACUCCCCAGAAUGAUUAUGACAGCUAUGGAAGUCCUAUUGGCAAUGUUUUCAGGAAGAAGAGACAAGUUUAUGAUUCCUAUGGAGCUCCUCAAGCCCCGGUUAUUAAUAUCCCAGCUCUUCCAAACCUUCCAGUAUCCUGCGCCCCUGGCAGCCCUGGAUGUCAGCAGGAUACAACCCAGAACUGCCGCGAAGUACCUCGUCAGUCCUGUCAGCAGGUUCCCUCCCAGCAGUGCAGUAAGGUAGCUAGGCAGGCCUGUAGACCAGUAUCUAGGCAGGUGGAGAGUGUAGAGUAUGUAGAUGAAUGUACUGAUGUACCCAGGCAACAAUGCCAGACUGUUUCCAAGAAUGUUCCCCGUCAGCAAUGUGUUCCAACUCCAGUAAAGCAGUGUAGGUGGGUACUCAAGACCUACAACCGUCAGGAGCAGGUUCAGCAGUGCAGAGAUAUCGUAAGGAACGAGUGCACCAAGGUUCCCAGACAGGUUUCCAGGAAGGUUCCAAGAACUGUAUCCAGACAACAAUGCAAAACUGUUCCUUCCACCGAAUGCCAGGAUAUCGAGGUUAAUGUACCGGAGAAGAAAUGCCAAACCGUCCAGAGAAAUGUUUGCCAGGACGUUCAGUCCCAGCAGUGCCAAGAUGUACCCAAGCAGGUAUGCAGACCAGUGACUACAUCAGUCCCACGCCAGGAGUGUGUAAACGUUCCACGUCAAGUUUGCAACCAGGUUCCAGAACAACAGUGUGUAACCGUUCCAAAACAAAACUGUCAGCAGGUUCCUAAACAAGUCUCAAAGAACGUCUGCAAAACUGUUCCAAGAAAUGUGUGUGGCACCUAUCCUGUAGAGAAGUGUGAGCAGGUCACCAGGCAGAACUGCGAGCAAGUCAGCUUUGACAGCUGUAAUCAGCAGUGCGAGGAUGUCUACUGGUGCAAGGAGUGUGUUAUUGUUUAAAUUUGUUUUUAAAACUUCUUCUAAUUCUUUCAUGAUAAGAUAGGAGGUCUCUACAUUUGCAACAGCUGAUCACAGCGCUUUAAUUUCAAUUUAUACUUAACAGACUUGAAAUAUUAUUAAUUUUUUUUUUGCCAAAUCUGUUGCGGAGAUUGAAAACUCUCCUUGAAUAUUUGAAUGCGAGGUUAAUGUUUAGCCUGGCAUGAAUCUCAUAUUAUGAAUCUCACUACAUGUAUACUUUUACCAGUUUAAAAAUAUGAACGUAUAAUAAAACUAUAUGUAUA